GCGGCUUGAUAAAGAAACCUAUUUCGCAUAAAUCUGUUUAUCGUUCUAUCGGUCAAUCACCGUAUUAUUGACGGAAACUAACAAAAGAAUCAAAUAUUUAAAGUGAGCUAUGUUCAAAGUAUUAAUCACCACGAUAAGCUCUUGUCACACAUACGUUUCCAGAUAAUGCGUAAUUUCUCUCUGUUGUGGCGCAGCCAACGAUGCAAUUGCUUCCGUAUUGCUUUGUGAGACAGUCGAGGAUAAUUGACACUUGUGUGAUACAAUUGACGUAUUAAACUGAUAUAGAAAAGAUGCUUCUGCAUAUUAUAUUUAUAAUUUCAUCCUUCUUUUCUACUGCAUUUGGUGUGUUAUAUUAUCAACCAGAAGCUGUGCAUCUUUCCUAUGGAGAUAACAUUCAUGAUAUUGUUGUGACAUGGAGUACAAGAGAUGAUACUGAAGAAUCAUUAGUAGAGUAUGGCAUAGGUGGGCUCGUUUCCCAAGCCAAAGGAAAUUCUACCCUUUUUACUGAUGGCGGACUCAAACAAAAAAGACAAUAUAUUCAUAGGGUAUGGCUGAAAAAUUUAACUGCCGACAGCAAAUACAUAUAUCACUGUGGCAGUCGUUAUGGAUGGUCAAAUAUAUUUUAUAUGAGAACACCUAAAGAUUCUACAGAUUGGUCACCACAGAUAGUUCUUUUUGGUGAUAUGGGCAAUGAGAAUGCACAAAGUUUGUCACGGUUGCAGGAAGAGACAGAACGUGGUUUAUAUGAUGCAGCUAUUCAUGUUGGUGAUUUUGCUUAUGACAUGCACACGGACGACGCACGUGUAGGUGAUGAGUUUAUGCGACAAAUUGAAUCUAUUGCUGCUUAUAUACCAUACAUGACUGUGCCUGGUAAUCAUGAAGAGAAAUAUAACUUUAGCAAUUAUAGAGCACGAUUUACAAUGCCUGGUGAUUCAGAAGGUUUAUGGUAUAGUUUUAAUGUAGGUCCUGUACAUUUUGUAGCUAUAGAAACUGAAGCUUAUUAUUUUAUGAAUUAUGGUAUAAAACAAUUGAUUAAACAAUAUGAAUGGUUGGAUAAGGAUCUACAGGAAGCAAAUAAACCCGAAGCAAGGUAUCAGCGGCCAUGGAUAGUAACAUUUGGGCACAGGCCAAUGUAUUGCAGUAACGCAAAUGCAGAUGAUUGCACUAAUCACCAAAGUUUAGUUAGAAUUGGAUUACCAUUUCUUAAUUGGUUUGGGUUGGAAGAUUUGUUUUUCAAGCAUAAAGUAGAUUUAGAGAUAUGGGCGCAUGAACAUAGUUAUGAAAGAAUGUGGCCCAUGUAUAACUUUCAAGUGUACAACGGUAGUUAUGAAGAGCCAUAUAAAAAUUACAAAGCACCAGUGCAUAUAGUUACUGGAUCAGCUGGUUGCAAAGAAGGUCGAGAGAAAUUUGUCCCAAAACGACCAGAAUGGUCUGCAUAUCGUAGCUCAGACUACGGAUAUACAAGAAUGAAAAUCCUCAAUAAAACUCAUCUAUAUUUAGAACAGGUAUCUGAUGAUAAAGAAGGUGCUGUCUUGGACAGAAUUUGGCUGGUGAAAGAAAAGCCUUGGCCACUUUAUGCGAACAUUUCUACAAAAUAACAUAAUAAAAAUUUAGUUUAAUUUGAUGAAUGCUAUGCAAUAAAACAGAACAAUAAACACAUGAAAAAUAUAUUACACACAUAAAAUGUGUGUAGUAUUAAAGUUAGUAAUUAUAAAGUUACUCAUUACUUUCAUUUAUGUAUUAUAUGAAUAUGAAUCCACACACGCAUACACACAUACACGCGCGCUGUUACGUUCCUAACGUAUCUCUGUAUCUUUCCAGCCUUAGUCUGUUUACCUAUGUCUCGAACAUUUCUAUCCCUCUUCAAAUGUUGCUUUAUGACCAUACCUACUUUUAUGACCCAUCCCUUUUUUUUUUUUGGUAGUAGUUUCCCUCUAAACUUCUCACGAAACCGUUCGUCAGUCUCCAGUUGUUUUCCUUCCCGUAAGGAACACCUCCCGUUCCUCUCGUAGCGUAUACUUAAAUACAUAUAUUCGAAUAAACUCGCCUUUCUAUAAAAACGGUAUCUCUCCCCUAUUCACGAAGAAAUUAUUAUAAUCAUUACGUUUCGAACGUAACGUCGGAAUGUAACAGCGUGCAUAUGCGCACACACGCACGCAUGCACACACACAUACACACACACACACACAGUACACAUUUUGUUAAAUAUGUAGCUGCGUAUGUCGCAGUUGAAAUAUAUGCAUGAAAUAUAUGAACAGUAAAAUAACAGUGUAAUUUAUGUAUGAGCGAAUAAAAAAUUAGUAAAUGCAA